AAUCUGAAAGAAGGCAAUGGAUGCGUGCUUCUCUUCUACAAAAUCAGCGGAUUCUUUGCAGUGUCUGGUGUGUCCUCAAAGCGUGUUCAUAAUAUGGCACUCCAUCGAUUCGUCGCCAUGGAAGGGCAGAUAUUUCGCGCCAUGUGCCUGGCGCUGCUCAUGAACAGUGUUCUGCCGUCCGUCGCGUCUGAAACAAACCACCUAACACCUGAGGCGGAUUUCACCGCGACCAUCCCGAAAUCUGGACUCGAAAGGAAUGUGGAGAAAGUCUUUUCCCUCGGACCAUCCGACAGGCUCCAGGUUAUUGACGAAACCGCGAGUGCCGUGUAUCUACCACAGAAGAGCGGCAGCAACGAGGACAAUUCUUCUGGCCAAUACGGUACUGCGUAUCUCUUCUUGAAUGGGACAUGCGAUUUCGAUAAGACAAUCCAAUUAAAGGAUGCUUUUCCUGGGUACCCGAAACCACUGUGGGUUCGUGAGGAAUCUAGUAGCUCGGGGAAUGAUGAGGAGGCAUCCUCGAAAAGGUCCGUGAGGUACAUUUUUACGAAUCCUCCUGAAGAGUAUUUGGGCGAGGUUACAAGUUUUUGUGUUCGAUUCAAGACAGUUCAGGCCUCAGGGUCGAACACAGAGACCAGCACAACGGCUCCAACGACGUCCGUGACAUCCAGCGGUGCACAGACUGGCGGAACUACCAUUCCGGGGAACGGAGACGUCACCGCGAAACCUGAGAAUCCUGAACAGAAUCCUGAGGGCUCCGGCACUCCAUCACCUCCGUUGAAUGAUAAUGUUGGUUCUGGUGGGGAGGAUGUCCCCGGACCAGGUGCGACGGUUGGCGGAGAUCAGGAUGAAGAAGGGAAAGAUGAUAAACUUGAAUCGCCCGCUGCGAUCCCCCCAGUUGCCGGUGAUGGCGCAGAAGGCCCGGAAUCUCAUCCUGAGCAGGGGCUGCCAAACGAAAACGACAAUGCAAACUUACCCGCAUCUCCGCCUGGGGACAAUGGCGAGUCUGAAGCCCAAAAGGAAGCAGAUGCCCAGGGCGGAGGUGACCAGCUGGGUAGCGCUCGGUUGAGGCGCCUGAGUGUUACUCCUGAAGCUGAAGAGGCAUUCUUGACGAUUGUAGUGCACUCCUCGACGUGGUGUGUUGCAGGUGGAAUUAGUGCAUUGUCAUUUUUACUUUCCGCAGCCGUAGCUAUAUUGCUGCAGGUUUUCUAACUAACCGUGAGCAUGAGCGAGUCCCAGAGAUACUGUGAGACUGGGAACGUAUGAAGGGGAUUCUUUCCUCUUUCUUUAGGGCAGCGGGGGACGUAAAAACGCAAGUGAAUCAAUUGCGGUCCUCACAUAGUUGUGUGGAGCAAGCAUCGGUGACUUUUUCAUCGAGGCGCGAUCUUUUCUAAUGUGCUGAUAAUUCGCCGUCGUCGCACAUAUUCUAGUGCAUGAACGAGCAGGUAUUACAGAUGUGAAGUCUCUUGGCUUCGAGUUGCGAGCGGUUGUGUCCAUUAAGAGACUGCUGAGCUGGAGCUGC